AGCCUUCAGGGGUAACAAUUAGGUUUCUAACUGACAACCAGACUCCCUUCAAGCUGAUUCUCUUAAUUUGUAUGGGUUCCAGCAACAUUUGAGGAUAUCAAACCAUUACCCCAUUUUCAUAUGAUUUCAAUGCAUGAGAGUUUCUGUAUUACAUGAAGAGUCCCUAAUUAUGCAGCAAGUAUUAGGAACCGCAGAAAAAUUAUGAUCAGGUUAUAACCAAGUCCAGAUUCUGUGACUGAGAGAGAGUUGCCAAAGCUAGUGAUAGGCAAUUUGGAUAUGCCUACUACAACCUGACUUAAUACUUGAGCCACCUCAUCCCUCACUUCCUGUCUUGCUUUCUGCUCCAUCAUGGGCAACCCUCCUUCCCCCCAAAAUUACACAAAUUUUCUGAUCAAACAUCUUUGAGACAUGGUAUUCUGAGACAUGAUUUAUUGUUACUUUCUUGAGUCAUUCUUACUAUUGACUUGCCAUUGAUGUAGAGGAAAUGUUGUUUGUGUUGCUGGCGAUGUACCUUGACCGCCACACACUCUGCUGAAUUUCAUUUUUAGCUUAGAAGCAUCUUCCAAGAUGAACAGAAGCUUCUUGUAUCAAUCAACUCGGUAUCCAGUUUUUUCUUAAUCAGGAAACUUGAAGCUCAGGUUCAUUUGGGGAUUGGUAUGUUUCAUCUCCAUUGGGGAGAUAGUGUAUGGGAACCACAAGACAUUGAGAGUGGGUACUGGUAUUUUAUUCUCAGACAAGUACAUUUUCUCAAAGGAUUCUAGUAGCAUAACAAACUCUGUAACUUUCCCUCAAUCUUGUAUCGCUUGGUACUCUUUGAGUAUUUGCGAAAGUGUCUAAACAAUCACCCCGAAGUGUUUAAAAAUGAGGGGGUGGUAAUACCUAAUAAAAUACAGGAAUUAUCUGGGAUCUCAUAAUUUAGUAUCAACCCCAGAACACGUACCAAACACGGGCAAUUGGACUCGUACCUCCAACUUUCUUGAAGAAAAUUGAUACCUGUAAUCACUUUCAGAUUUUAGUCUAAUCUUUUACUGAUUCUUAGUGAGCGAGCAAUCUGUCAGUUACAUAUUGAUGUAAUUGCUUGUGAUAUAUUGCAAACGCUAUAUAAUUUGUUUAUAUUAUGUGAAACCUGAAUCAAGAGAUACCGAAUAAAGUCUGAAUAUAGUUGAUGUAUGCACUCACAACGUAAAAUUGAAAAGUUGCAAGUCCUACCAACAUAUUACAUCAUACAGCAAAAGUCACAACUUCCCCUCUUUUCUGUGUACCUGAAAGUCAUGUCAAUAGCAUUCCUAAAACCUCUUCAGAAGAGAUAUGGCGCCUUACAAGCACAAAAUACAACCAAGGCCACAUUGCAUUUGUUAACUUCUUCAGGCACUGAACAGAAAAUCGUCCUUUUAGAUGCCUGUCCUUCUUAUAGCUACGUGCUUGAAAAAUGCCCCAUAUAAGAAGCCUCGAGGGACGGCAUUGAAUAACCUCUUUAACUCAUGAAGUAAUCCAUCUACAUUCUGAUGGCUAUCAUUCUAUACCCUCAGAUUCUCUGUGUGGUCGUCUACUUUCUUUUUGCGUGCUAUGGGUAUUGGAGGAGGAGAAGGAGAGAAAACCUCAAUUCCCUUUAACUGGCCGGUUAUUGGCAUGAUGCCAGACCUGUUCCUAAAUGUACACCGCACCCAGGAUUAUAUAACCGAGAUUUUGCAAGAAAGUGGAGGCACAUUUGAGUUUAAAGGUCCUUGGUUUGCAAAUAUGGAUAUGCUGGUCACCAGCGAUUCUGCUAACGUCAACUACAUAUUGAGUAAAAACUUCUCAAACUUUCAAAAGGGUCCUGAGUUUGAAAAGAUGUUUGACAUUCUAGGAGAGGGGAUCUUCAAUGCUGAAUGCGAAUCUUGGGACAGCCAAAGGAAAACAAUCAUGCCACUAAUUAAUCACCAGGGAUUCCAGAAGUUUGUGGGAAUAACUAGCUGGAACAAGUUGGAGAAAGGGCUGAUCCCUGUCCUGGAGCAUGCGGCCAAGUCAGAAAGUCCAUUAGGAAAUACCUUAGCUGAUGCCGAGGAAGCAGUCUUUUACAGACAUGUGGUACCCAGAACUUGCUGGAAGAUUCAGAGGUGGCUUCAAAUUGGUGCGGAAAAGAAGUUAACUAAAGCUCGGGAGAACCUUCAUCAAUUUUUAGCUACCAACAUCUCAUCUAAGUCUGAAAACUUGGAAGAUAUAAACCAAACUGCGAUUUUGCAAGAUGGAGGAGGCCUUGACUUGUUAGCAAGGUACAUGAAAGCAGCCAGAGUUCUCAAAGAAGAGAAUAGAACAUCUGAUAAUAGUGUCUCAAAAAAUUUGGAGAGACGCUUUACUCACUUUAAUCUUUGCGGGUAAAGAUACCAUUGGUGCAGGUCUCACUUGGUUCUUUUGGCUCCCUGCUUCAAAUCCUAUUGAAGAAAAUAUGGUUUGAAAAGAGAUACUGAGUAACUUACAGGUAAAAGAAGGAAGGUGGCAGUUUUCCAACCUAGAAGAGAUGAAGAAACUGGUUUAUCUGCACGGCGCAUUAUGUGAAUCACUUCGCCUGUUCCCUCCGGUUGCAAUGCAGCACAGAGCUCCAGUCAAGCCUGAUAUUCUUCCAAGCAGUCACCGCAUGAAUCCUAAUACCAAGACGCUGUUGUCUUUCUAUGAGAUGGGCAGGAUGGAAACAAUCUGGGGCAAAUACUGCUUGGAAUUCAAACCACAUAUGGAUUUCAGAGCAAGUAGGCAUUACACAUGAACCAUCUUUCAAGUUUACAGCAUUCAAUGCAGGACCUAGGAGUUGCAAGGGCAAGGAAAUUUCUUUCAUCCAAAUGAAAAUUGUUGCAGUAGCCCUUCUCUGUCGUUUCCACUUUCAAAUCUUGGAAGGACAUCAAACUGUUCCAGGUAAUUCUGUGAUACUUCAUAUGAGACAUGGACUGAAAUUGAAGGUUUCCACAAGAAGCGUUUGAUAGCCCAUAUAGAAUUGGCAUAUUUACUGUUUUUGGGCAAAAGAGACGAUGUUCCUAGAACUAAUGCUAUAGUGCCUUGUAUGUUUCUCUUUUAGUGUUAUACUUCUAUGAAAAACUACAUCACUGCAAGAGGAA